CAUGUUCACGUGAAACCAGCAUGUAUUUUAUUUAUUUAUGUACGGUGUGAACCCAGUAUGGGGUUUAAAGUAACGAGCCGGUGGCAUGACUGAAACGGGAUACAGUUUGUGAAGUUGCGACAGGUUAUUGAUUUGUAGCAAUUGUAGAGUAACAUUGCAGCAAAAGUGAUAGCUAUGCCUACAUUGUAGCCUACAUAUAAACGACAAGAAAGAGGAGCUUUCACCGCUGAGGACAGUGCAAUGGUGAUUUCUGACUGGUAGUCGUAGCCUAUCACUUCAUUCUACCUGAAUUCAUUGCAAAUAUUUCAAACAAACUGCACAAGGUAGCAGAAGCCACAGCAGCCAUUUUCAUUUUGGGUAUGGCACGUACAACAUCGCAUUGAACAACAGUGUAACGUCCAAGGUGUAUUCAGCCUUUUUCCUCACAAGUCCACCAGGCUGAUUGAAUUUGCCAUGCCGCUCUACCUGUCAAACGACGACUUCUGCUACAGGACCCCAAAAUCACUGAAACCACUACGACCCUGUCUGAACCCUUGCCUGAGGUUCAAACCCUCUGCUCCUCCUAAGCAGAUUGAAUCAGAGGAGGGUGCUCUUCAUGAGGAGAAUGGGAAACCCAAAAGGCGAGUGUCCUUUGCCGACCACAAGGGCCUGGCCCUCACCAAGGUGAAGGUCUAUUCCCUGUUCGACGAUGCCAUUGACAUCCCACUCAACAUCACAGAGCUGUUCAGCGCUGCGCUCAAGUUAACAGAUGAGGACGACAGACUGGUGCUGGAUUUCACCCAGCCCUCCUCUGACUACCUGCUCUUCCGCCAGCGUCUGGAGACUGAGCUUGUCUGCUUGGAAAACUGCGUGUUGAAAAAGAGGUCACUGGCUGGAACUGUGAAGGUCAAAAACCUGUCCUUCGAGAAGUCUCUAAAGGUGCGUUUGACCUUUGACACCUGGAAAAGCUACACCGACUUGGAGUGCCAGUAUGUGAAGGACACCUACACAGGCUCAGACCGUGACACCUUCUCCUUCGAGGUUUCCCUGCCAGCUGCACUGAUACCACACGAGAAGGUAGAGUUUGCCAUCUGCUAUGAAGUCAACGGCCAGACAUACUGGGACAGCAACCAGGGCCAGAACUACAGGAUUAUCCGGUCUGCUCUGAAGAGGGAUUGCCAGGGCAGCUUCAGCAGUAACCAGCAGAUACACUCCUUUAAUUUGGGAAUUCACUUCGAUCAUUAUGGUAGUCCCAGGUGCUCCCAUGGGAUCUUCCCAGAGUGGCCAAGAUAUGCAGAAUAUGAGGAGAUUCGACCUUACUACUGAAAAAAAGUAAUCCUUAAUAGGACACUUCGGGAUUUUGGCAAUGAGAGUCGGAUGAACUCGUGGAUACCGUUUGUCUUUGCGUGCUGUUUGAAGG